CUCCCUCCCUCCCUUCGGCCGCCCUUCCCCGUUUUCGUGCACCCGCCUGCCCUCCCGCCCGUCCGUGAGGGUCGUUAUCCUCGUCAGCCCGGCAGGGCACGGCGGCUGACACUGCCCGCUUCCCCCGCCCCAUCCUCCGGGCCGGGGCUGUGUGUGCAUGGCAGUGUGGGGGAGGUUCUUUAUUGGCCUCGUCCUCCAUCCCUCCCUCCCGCCGCCCCCCUUCACCUUCCACACUCCACCCAGAAAUGAUCCAGUAAAACUAGGAGGAGGUGGUUCUCCUCCUCCCUCCUGCUGCUGCUCCUGCUGGUCUGGAAGGGACUGCAGGAAUCUCUGCUGUGCUCUGCUCUGAGGCAGGGUCUGGGGAGGGGAGGUCGUUCUGUGGAGGGAGGGGGCCGCUGUGGCCGGGGGUGCAGCUCUCUCGCGGGGGGCUGCUUGGUUUCCGACCAUGGGGAAGGAUCAGGAACUGCUGGAAGCUGCUCGCACUGGGAAUGUGGCUUUGGUGGAGAAACUCCUCUCUGGGAGGAAAGGAGGGAUCCUGGGCAGUGGAUCUGGAGCUAUCCCCUUAUCCAGCUUAUUGAGCAUCUGGCGAGGACCAAACAUAAACUGCACAGACAGUUCAGGUUAUACUGCUUUACAUCACGCAGCUUUAAACGGACACAAGGAUAUAGUUCUCAAAUUACUUCAGUAUGAAGCAUCAACUAAUGUGGCAGAUAAUAAGGGUUAUUUUCCUAUUCACUUGGCUGCUUGGAGAGGAGAUGUAGAUAUUGUGAAGAUUCUCAUCCAUCAUGGACCAUCACACUCCAGAGUGAAUGAACAGAACAAUGAAAAUGAAACAGCACUGCAUUGUGCAGCUCAGUACGGUCAUUCAGAAGUUGUUGCUGUUCUGUUGGAAGAGCUGACAGACCCUACAAUAAGGAACAACAAACUGGAAACACCUCUGGAUCUCGCAGCACUUUAUGGACGUCUGCGUGUUGUAAAAAUGAUCAUUAAAGCGUAUCCAAACCUGAUGAACUGUAAUACAAGAAAACACACUCCUUUGCAUCUUGCUGCACGUAAUGGCCACAAAGCUGUCGUACAGGUGCUUCUGGAGGCUGGAAUGGAUGUCAGUUGCCAAACAGAAAAAGGGAGCGCACUACAUGAAGCAGCCCUAUUUGGAAAGGUGGAGGUAGUACGCAUUUUGCUUGAAACAGGAAUAGAUACCAACAUAAAGGACAGUUUGGGUAGAACGGUUUUGGAUAUACUUAAAGAACAUCCAUCUCAGCAGUCACUUCAAAUUGCAGCUCUACUUCAAGAAUAUAUGGAAACAGGAAAUGCAAGUAUUUCAGAGGAACGCCCACUGGAAUGUGCGGAACGUCAGUCUUGCAUUUUGUCCCCAGAAGUUCCUCCGUCUCCAAAGGCUAAAAGUGAAGCUGUGACUGGAGAAUUAUCAAAGCUCUUAGAUGAAAUCAAAUUGUGUCAAGAAAAGGAAUACUCUUUUGAAGAUCUGUCUCAUACAAUAUCAGACCAUUAUCUGGAUAAUUUUAGUAAAGUAUCAGAGGAAGAACUUAUGACCAGUGGAAGCCAAACCAAGCUUAAUGUAAGGCCUUCUUCAAUGCGUUUAUCCCCAAGGGAGGAAGAUGAUGAUGAUGCAGGUGAAAAUACUUGUGGUCCUUCAGGUUUAUGGGAGGCAUUGACACCUUGUAAUGGAUGCAGGAAUCUCGGAUUUCCCAUGCUUACACAGUACUGA